CCCACCGAUGACGUCACACAAGCAGAACAUCAAUCUGACUUCCAAGGGCUUUCAGAUCAAAGGAGGGACGACGUGAGGCUCGCGUCUCCUCCCGUUACAACGGAGAUUCACCGGGAACAGGGAGAACAUCAGGUCCAGAACACGUCCAUGUCCGGGCUGAGCAAACACGAGAAGGAACUCCCACAGCCGUCACCGGAAGCGUACGAGAAGUGGCGGUUGAACAAAUUAAAGAAAAAGUACAAUGAGUACAGCAAGUGGUGGGAACAGAGAGAUCUGGCCAAAUGCAGCCGCAUCGAGAAUCUGGAGGCGAAAGUUGCGAGUCUGCAGAAGGAGGUGAGGGACGGACAAGGACGGGAGGGACGACUCAUCUGGGCCUUUCAGCAAAGCCAAACUCAGAACGAACACGUGAAAAAGAGCAAAUCCGACUCGAAUCUCGCCUUUACCAACAAGGUCAAAGGUCUCGCAAAACAAGUCACCGACACCAAACAAGAGCUGACUGACGCCCAUGACCAUUACCAGGUGGCUCUGUCAGAGGUGGAAAAGGAGAAAGACUUGGAGGUCGUUUGCCUCCAACGAGACAUGGGCGCGUGCAGGAGGAUGGCCUGGCAAACACAGGAGGAAAUCACAGCCAUGAGAAAAGAGGCAGAGCGACACGAGCGACAGGCGCUGAACCUGAAGAGGAAGCUCUGCGAGAUGGAGGAGGAGAAGGCCAGGGUCAUCGACAACUUCGUGGAGACGCUGGGGGAAAAGGACGAAGUCCUGGAACACGAGAGGGACCUGAGGAAGGCCGCCGGGCUGAAGAGCGACAUCAGCAUCCAAACCCUGAAGCAGAAAAUAGCCCAACAGGCUCAGGUGAUGAAAAGUUUACAAGAGGAGAAUCAGACGGUGUGCGACCUCCAGAGGACCGUCUCCGAGAACCGCAUCGCUCUGAAAAACAACGCUCAGCAGAUGGCGCUCAUGACCCAGAAGAUGGAGACGAUGCACGACGAGCUGCGCAACGACAGUGAAACGGCGGCUCUUCUGCACGCGAUGGUGGACGAGCUGAGGAAGAAGAACAAGCACCUAGAGGAGGAGCGGCAACAGGAGAGACAAAGAACGGCGGUCACCAUCAAGGAAACACUCAGCGCGUUCAGUGAGGCCAAGCUGAAAAACAUGGACCUGACGGACACCGUCCAGAAGCUGACGGUCACGAGGACGGACAACGAGCUGGAGCUCGGCCGCUUGAGGGACAAGAUCAAACUGCUGGAGGAAAUCUUAAUGCGCGUGGACAUGGACCUCGAGUCGUGCAUGCUCGACGUGGACGUGCCCUCCAAAUUAAAAGCCAGAGUGCUCAAAAUGAAGUCAGAGUACCCGGAGAGCUACGACAAACUGAGGGUGGACGAGGAGACGCAGGAGUCGUACCAACACAUGAUCGACAUGCUGCAAAAGAAGGUGGACAAUUGUGAGACGAUCAUCGCGAAUAACUGCCGGGGGAAUUCACGUCUGCAGGACAAGCUGCAGAAAGCGCAGAAGCACGUGGGCACGCUGAGGGGGCACUUUGUGGAGAUAUUCAACGAGAAGACGCUGGAGACGGACAAUCUGAAGAAACAGCUUCACGCCAAAAGAAUGCCAAAGGCGUCGCCAAGGUCUAAAGUCCGGGCUCCCGCCAAGGUCGACGCACAGACGUCGGCUUCCCUCUGUCCGGAGGACCGGCAGCCGCCCGGCGCCAUCGACGAGAAAGAGGACGAGGACGAGAAAGACAAAGACGAAGACGAAGACAAAGACAAAGACAAAGACAAAGAAGUGCCAACAUCAUCUCAGGCGCCGGCUCCGAGUGAGGACGAGCCGAGUGAACUUCUACAGCCGACCGGUCCCAACGAUGGCGACACGCCACCUGUUGAUGAGUAAAACUCCAGGGUGGUUUCUUCCUCGCACCUCCUCCGCCACCAGAAGACUCUUAUGACAUCACAGCCGUGUUCUACGAUGAUAUUAUUCACAUCAUCAUCAUCAUCUCUGUCUAGACGGCUUCUCCCCCCGCUGAUCUGCCUGAGUUAUUCAACUCGUCUCUUCGAUCUCAUUCCAUCAAGGAUGUAUUUCCUCUGAUCAACAGUUCCAUAUUAGAUCAGUUCGAUUCAUCUCGUACCAAAGGCCUUUGAGGUGGAAGUCGACUUUAAACCCAGAUGUCUCAACUAACUAUAGACCCAUAUCAAACCUCUAAUAUAUAUUAUAUAUAUAUAUAUAUAUAUAUAUAUAUAUAAAAUCCUUGAACAAAUCUGUUAAGCAGUCAGGUGACUUUUUACACAGGAAUAGUUUGCUAGAAGACUUUAGGGUUUAUUGUUAUAAUAACAAUAAGUGCAUUCAACCACGAAGAUAAUGUCCCAAAAAGUGCAAGAAUCAAGAAAUAUAAACAUUUAUCAAACAGGCUGAAGCAGCUUCAAGUGCUCCACUCCUCUGGAUCGGUUUCUAUUCUCGUCCUGUUGGAUUUGACACCACUGACUACAACAUUCUGUUACAGAGACUCAGACACAUUAUUAGCAUUAAAGGAACAUGACUUGAAUGGUUCCAGUCUUACUUAUCAUGUAGAUUUCAGUUUGUUAACGUUAACAACAAAUCUUCCACUCAUACAAAAGUCAAUCGUGGAGUUCCACAAGGUUCCGUGCUGGGACCGAUACUUUUCACUUUAUAUAUGCUUCCCUCGAGCAAAAUAUAUAUAAUUUAAUACAUAUAUUAUUAUUAUCAUUAUGAUCAUGAACAACGUCAUUUAAUCUACAGUAUGUCAGUAUCAUUAUAAUUAUCAUGGAAAGAAUCCAUCUGUUCCUGGUCUCUUCUCUUUGCUCUGUCUUCUCUCUCUUCAUUCCUCUCCCCAUCUCUCCACCCACCUCUCCUCCCCCUCUCUCUCCCCCUCUCUCCACCUCUCCUCUCCAUCUCUCUCCACCUCUCCUCUCCAUC